AUGGGCGCGACGGGAAGCGACGUGGAGGCCGGAUUCGCGAAGCUACAAGGAGAAGAUUUCGAGUACUACAUGCAAACAUACUCGAUAAUUUUAGGCCGGAACUCCAAAAAAUCUACCGUCGAUGUCGACCUCUCAAGCCUAGGCGGUGGAAUGAACAUAUCACGCCACCAUGCGCGCAUCUUCUACGACUUCACGCGACGCCGUUUCGCACUUGAAGUACUCGGAAAGAACGGUUGCCUAGUCGAAGGAGUACUCCACCUUCCUGGAAACCCUCAUGUCAAGUUGGAUUCACAAGAUCUCUUGCAAAUCGGAGAUAAAGAGUUUUACUUUUUACUUCCUGUUAGGAGUAUAUUGGGUGGGGCAUUAGGGCCUAGGCACCACGUGGCGGUUGUGCCGCAGUAUGGGUAUCAUUCCGGUGGAGCGGAGAGGAUGGUGGGACCGGUUGCGGUUGCGGCUGUUAAGAAAGGGAGAGCGAGGGAGUUUUAUGAGGAGGAGUUUGAUGACGAGGAGGAUGUUGGUGGCAGUGGUAGUGGUGGUGGGAAGAAGAUGAGGAGAGAGGGGUAUGAAGGGUAUGGAUAUGGAAGUGGGUCCGGUGGUAAAGCAGGAAUGGUUGGAACUUUAGUAGAAAAGAAGAUGGAGGGAAGAUCAAGGAUUGAUCGUGAGUCAGACAAUCAACAACUUCUGCAGUUGGAGGAAAAAGAUGUAGUUUCAUCUGUUGCUACUGUGCUAUCUGAUCUCUGUGGUCCUGGAGAAUGGAUGCCUAUGGAGAAACUUCAUGCUGAGUUGGUGGAGCAAUAUAGCAGCAUCUGGCAUCAUACACGAGUUAGGAGAUAUCUCACAUCCGAGGACUGGACUGGUCCUGAGUCGAAGGGCAAACCAUGGUAUGGCUUGCUUAUGUUGCUAAGAAAAUAUCCAGAGCACUUCGUCAUCAACACUAGGUCCAAAGGCCGGAUAACACUGGAAUUUGUCUCUCUUGUCUCUCUGCUUUCGUAG